CCCUUCUCCCCAAGGCCUUCGUCUCCACCUCCCCCUCGCUCGCCCGCGUGCUCGGAUCAGAGCCCACCCGAACCCGCGCGUGCUCCCCAAACCCUAAAUCCCCAACGGUCUCCUGCUUCCAAACCCCCAUCAAACCCAUCCCGCCCUCGAUUUCCCGCCCAAUCCCCGCUCCCCGCCACCGCGCGAUCCCGCCGCGCCGUCUCGCGCCGACCGAAUUCGAAUCCCGCCGGGGGCGCGAGCUCGAGGCGGGCGGGAGGGCGGUCGGGCGCGCAAUUCCGGCGCGCGGCUGCGUCUAGCUCCCCCCGGCUCGCCCUGGAUGGUGGCGCGGACGGCGUGGCUGAAGGAGAGAUCUAACCCUAGCUCCGGAUCUGGGACCGCCACGCCCGCCAGGUGCUCGACGGUAUGACCGGUCGGGAGCGGCGGGAGGACAAGAGGGAGCAGUAUGAGUGACCGCGCGGGCAGCAGCGGCAGCGGCAGCGGGGACGAGUUCGGGAGGGCCGUGGCGCGGGCGGCGGUCGCGCAGGCGCUCGAGGCCGCGGGCUUCGACUGCACGCACCGCUCGGCCGUGGACGCGCUCGUGGACGUCCUUCUCCGCUACCUCACGCACCUCGGGAGGGCCGCGGCCUUCCACGCCAACCUCGCCGGCCGCGCGCUCGCCAACGAGUACGACAUCAUCCAGUCCCUCGAGGAAAUCGGCACCGACUUUGAUGGCUUCGCCGGGGCCGGCACCUCAGGCCGCUGCCUCGUCGGCUCAGGCGUCGUCAAGGACCUCAUGGCGUUCGUCGACUCCAAGGACGAGGUGCCAUUCACGCGUCCGUUGCCCAAGUUCCCUAUACCCCGCGCUCCGCAGCCCACACCCAGCUUUGCUGUGGCUGAGAGGGAGACUGGGAUGAGGCAUGUUCCCGAGUGGCUACCGGCCUUUCCGGACCCACACACCUACGUCAGGACAGAGGUGUGGAGUGAGCAGGCGGCCAAGGACAGGGUGGACAUGGUCGAACAGGUGCGGCAGCGGAGGAAGGCCGAGAAGUCGCUGCUCAGUUUGCAGCAACGAUUGGCCCUUGCGGGCGCUGAUGGGUUUCGGCCAGUGGUUUCUGAGGAUAGUGUAGCCAAAGGGAAGGAGACACAACCAGCUGGGAGCAAGAGAAAUCCUUUUCUUGAGCCUGCUUUGCCGCAUGGAGACAAGGAGGUGUCAGAGGUUGAUAUCCCUUCUGAGCGGAAGAAACUUUCUGUCCUUGAUGCAUUUGCACCAGCAAUUCAGGGUGCAAGUGCUAUGGAGCUUGAUUCUGGGACAGGUUGGGACCAGAAUCAGAACCAAAAGAGCAUUGUUCCAAAGGUGAGGGCACCAGUGCACCUGAAGAUUGGAGUAAACAAGAAGCCCCUGGCAGUGGCCCUCAAUUCAAAUUCCAUGGAUCUGAGGGAGGACCCGUCGUUUUUGAAGGAGGAACAAAAGGAUGACCGGAAGCGGAGGGCUGGGAUGAUAUUGAGGGCAUCAAUGGAUAACCCACAGGAACUGCCCCAGAUUUAAUAUGGUUGGUAGAAGUGCAGUGCCCAGCAUGGAGUUGCAUUAUGGCGAGCUGUAGUGUGGGAGAAGGGAUCUAUGAUCAUUUCAGUUUGACGGUGGAUCUCCAAUUUGUGGAAUCUUGAGGCCAGGUAUCCUACGAUGCAACCUUCGGCGUACUGGCAAGCUCGAACCUUUGUAACCUGCACCCAGUCUCUCCUGUCAGCAUCAGCAUUGGGAUCCCCGGAGAUUAUUAGGUUUGUAGUUCCUGCUUGUUCCGACAUAUCACUGGAAUGAAGCAAGCCUUUUUCGUAGGGAGCUGAUUUUGGAGACCAUCCAAAGGCAUGAUGCUCCUCCUUUGUAGCUAGGAAGACAGAGAGGAGAUGAUUGUACAAAAACUGACUUGAUUUUUCUGACCAACGCUCCUCUCAACACAGAGGAAGGGAUUUACGUGUUGAUUUGGUUGGCUAAUCCAGCUGCAUCCGUGUAAUGGUGAUCACCCAUUCGUUGUAUUGCUUUCUGUGAUUGGAGCGUGUUGAUUAGUGCGCCCCUGCUGAGGCUGUAACGGCAUUGUACUAUACAACAUUCUUUUGGCCUGUUUCAUUCAACUGUGUAUCUGAUCCGAGCUGGGCACCCUUUGAUUCUUCA